AACUUUGAAGGUAUGAAUUUGCAGUAAUGACACAGCAACGUCAAUUUUAGUUUUAAUGUAGAAUGCUGAUAUUUUAUAAUUUAAUACACAUUAUGUGAUUAUAAAUAACGAAAGUAAAAACCUAUCACUAACGUGGAGCACUGACUAAUGCAACAUACAGAUAUUUUGGAGCCUCGAUUUAAGGUGUUUACACAGCAACAGUGGGAUCAUCUGGACCCAGUGGGAAUGUACACUCAGAGUCCACUUUUUCUUCAGCCCACAGGUCAUGCCUUGCUAGAAACAAGAGGAAUCAAGUGAAGGAAGGAGGAGGAGAUUCCAAUACUUGGGUAUCAUCAAUUCUGUGUACUCCCUUGUCUGGAGACUGAGAUUUUUGAACAGACAUUCAGAGCUGAUCCAGAAGAGACAGUUAGCAACAUUUCCCAAAUUCAGAAGAAAAUGAUCCAAGCCCAGGACUCCCUGACAUUCAGCGACGUGGCUGUGGAGUUCACCUGGGAGGAGUGGCAGCUCCUGGAUCCUGCUCAGAAGGACCUGUACCGAGACGUGAUGUUGGAGAACUUUAGCAACCUGGUGACCGUGGGGUAUCAAGCUAGCAAACAAGAUGCACUCUCCAUGUUGGAACGAGGAGAAGAACUGUGGACAAUAGAAGAUGAAACCCACUGUCAGACUCAUUCAGAAAUUGGGAAAGUUAAUGAUCAUCUCCAGUGUCUCUUGCAAAAGCAAAGAAUUCAGAAGUGUAUGGAACAAUGCCAUAAACAUAAUGCAUUUGGAAAUAUUUUUAAUCAGAAAAAAAGUAAUUUUCCAUUAAAGCAACACCAUGAUAUGUUUGACUUGCAUGGAAAAACUUUAAAAUCAAAUUUAAGUUUAGAAGACCAGCACAGAAGUUGUGACCUGAAAAACUUUACUGAGUUUAAUGGAGAUGGACAGCCCUUUCUCCAAGAUAAGCACGAGCAAGUUUAUAGUGAUAAUACAUUCCCCAAAAGUCCAAAACCCAUCAGUAACAAGUCCCAGAUCAUUAACCAUCAGAGAACUGCCAAAAUAGUGAAUGCCCAUGUAUGCAGUGAAUGUGGCAAAGCCUUCAUCAAGAAGUCUCAGUUCAUUGAUCAUCAGAUGGUUCAUACAGGAGAGAAACCUCAUAGAUGCAGUAUGUGUGGGAAAGCAUUCUCCAGAAAAUACAGGCUGAUUGAACAUCAGAGAACUCAUGCAGGGCUGAAACACUAUGAAUGCACUGAAUGUGACAAAAUCUUCCUCAAGAAAUCACAACUAAAUAUACAUCAGAAAGUUCAUAUGGUAGAGAAACCAUAUAUAUGCAAUGAAUGUGGGAGAGCCUUCAGCAAGAAGUGUUUGCUCAUUUAUCAUCAGCGAACUCAUACAGGAGAGAAACCUCAUGGGUGCAAUCUAUGUGGAAAAGCUUUCUGUACAAAGUCCAGUCUUACUACUCAUCAGAAAACUCAUACAGGAGAGAAGCCCUAUAUAUGCAGUGAAUGUGGAAAAGGCUACAUGGAGAAGAGGCGUCUUAUUGCACACCAUCUAACUCAUACUGGAGAGAAACCCUUUAUAUGCAAUGAAUGUGGUAAACGAUUCACUUUGAAGAACAGUCUUAUCGCACAUCAGCAAACUCAUACAGAAGAGAAAUCAUAUAUAUGCAGUGAAUGUGGAAAAGGCUUCUCCAUGAAGCACUGUCUCAUCAGACAUCAGCGAAUUCAUACUGGAGAGAAACCCUAUAUAUGCACUGAGUGUGGAAAAGGCUUCCCCCUGAGAAGCCCUCUCAUUAGACAUCAGCGAACACACACAGGAGAGAAACCCUAUGUAUGCAAUGAAUGUGGAAAAGGCUUCACCAUGAAGAUUGAUCUCAUCAUACAUCAGCGUAUUCAUACCGCAGAGAAACCAUAUAUGUGCAAUGAUUGUGGAAAAGGCUUUACCGUGAAGAGCCGUCUCAUUGAACAUCAGCGAACUCAUACAGGUGAGAAACCUUAUUUAUGCAGUGAAUGUGGAAAAGGCUUCUCAGCAAAGAUCCGGCUGAUUGGACAUCAACGAACUCAUACAGGAGAGAAGCCGUAUAUAUGCAAUGAAUGUGGAAAAUGCUUCACUGAGAGGAGCCAUCUCAAUGUACAUCGGCGCACUCAUACUGGAGAGAAACCCUAUGUAUGCAAUGAGUGUGGGAAAGCCUUAAGUGGGAAAAGUGUGCUCAUCGCACAUCAGCGAACUCAUACUGGAGAGAAACCUUAUGUAUGCAAUGAAUGUGGAAAAGGCUUUGCUAGGAAAAGUAAUCUUGUCGAUCAUCAGCGAUCUCAUACAGGGGAAAAAUCUUACAUAUGCGGUGAAUGUGGAAAAAGCUUUUCUGUGAAGCGUACUCUCAUUAUACAUCAGCAAACUCAUAUUGCAGAGAAAUCGUAUAUAUACAAUGAAUUUGAACAGGCUUCUAAACAAAACGCACUCUCAUUGUACAUAAGCGAACUUAUACUGAAGAGAAAUCCUAUGUGAUAGUUAAAUUUUAUGUGUCGACUAGGCUAUGUUUCCCAGUUGGUUGGUCAGACACCACUCUAGUUGCUGUCAUAGAAUAGUUACCUAUGAUUAAAUCAGUUGGCCUUGGAUAGAGCAGAUUACCUUCCAUAAUGUAAUGUAGUUUAAUCACCCUCCAAAAUGCAUUGUCAUUUAAUAUGGUCAAGUCAUUUGAGGUCAUAUCAGUGUAGGGUGGAUCUUAGAGCUAAUGACUUACGAGUUAUGAGAAGACGAGUAGAGACAGGGACACAUACACACGGGAAGACAACAUGUGGGGAUCAUCUACAAGCAAACGAACACCAAGGAUUUUUGGCAGACACCAGAAACUAGGAGAAAGGCUCACAGACAGAAUUGACAUGGCUGAGACCCUGAUUUUAGCCUCCAGAACUGAGAAAAUAGAUUUCUGUUUUUCAAAGCCAACCACUUGUAUUAACUGUAAUGGCAGCACUAGGAAACAAAGGCACCCUAUGAAUGCAGCCAGAAGCUAUGUCUCAAACAACAUGAGAGAUGUUAUAUAGGAAAGACUCCGUUUGUAUGUACUGAGUGUGGAAAAUCCUAUUCGCACAAAUAUGAUCUCAUUACUGAUGGAGAAUUCACACAGAAGAGAAACCAUAGGAGUGCAGUGAAUGUGGGAAGGUCUUCACCACAGAGUAAGUGUACAUCAAAGAACUCACACAGGUGAGAGACCAUAUGGAUACAGCGAUUGUGAGAAGGCUUUCUCCCACUUGUCAAUCCUUGUUAAACAUAAGAGAAUGCACACAAGAGAAAUGUGCAGAUUCAGUCAAGUUUGAAGUUCCUUUAACAGAGUCAAAGCUCAUUACAAACAAGGGGUCUCAUGCAGAAGACAAACCCUAUGAAUAUGAUGACUGUUAAAUUAUCUCUGUACAACUCAGGCCUCUUUAUACAUCAGUGGGUUUCCAGCAGAUUGGAAUGUAAUCAGUAUGAGACAGCCUCUUAUGAGAUGUGCACCGUCAGGAGAUUAAAGAAUUUCCCCAGAAGAGAAACCUUUUCAGUACAGUGAAUGUGGUAGUGCCUCUUGUGAUCAUUACCUCACAUUUUCUGUUAGUGAAAAACGUAGGAAAAAACUCUGAUCCGUUUAAUGUGGAAAUGCCUUGAGCAGAAAUUUUUAGUUCAUUAUUUGUCUGAAUAUAUAAUACAUAUUUAUACUGAGAUAAAUCUUAUAAAUGCAGAGACUAGUAAUUCUAAUUGUCUAUGAUAAUCACAGCUUCUAGCUGAUACAAAAAUAGUGGCCAUGAGAAAGCCUUUACCCAGAAAUAAAAUCUCAGUAAGUGUCAGAGAGCUUACAUUGGAAGAAAACUUUAAGAUGACAAUGAAUUUGGCAUUGGCAUUAUUUCAGUGAUAUAUUCUUAACAUCAUUUGUCAUAAAAAUCAUACAGAAAAACCUUUGAACAUGCUAAAUGUGAAGCACUGUUAGCAAAAUAUUAGAGAAGUCAUGAAGGAAUGAAGUCCAGUGAAAAUGAUAUUUGCAUGCUUUUUGUUACAAGACUCAUCAUCUUACACCUCACUGACUGUCUUGUUAUCCGACAUUUCACAUUUAUGACAAUAUCCAACUAUUUUGCACAUUAACAGCAUAUAUCUGACAGUAACAAACACGAAAGGUGUGAGGCGAGGGUAACACUGAAGGUGAAGGUUAUGUGUCAACUUGGCUGGGCCAUGAUUCUCAGUGGUUUAGCUGUUAUGUAAUGAUGUAGUCAUCCUCUGUUUUGUGAUCUGAUGUGGUCCUCUAGUUUCACAAUGCCAGUUUCUCAUAAGGACCUAGUCUUUGGAACCUAACCAUGUCGGUGAGAAGAGGAUGUAUAUCAAAUACACCCGAUGUGCAUUUUCAAACUCAGUAGUUUGAACUUUAUUCUUUGUUGCCUUGUUAAUGGUUCCAUAAUUUAAAAAAAGCAGACUGCUCUCCUCAUCACUAAUUUUUAUUCUUAUAUACAAGACAGGAGUGUCAAUGACUAUCCCAUAUUAUGUGAUUUGUUCUUAUAUUUCUUUGGCUUUAAGUUUGUGAAUUUAGCAUAUGAAGUACUUAAAAGGAAAUAAUAUUUUAAAUUUAUAAAUGUAACAAUGUACUCGGAAAUGCUUAACUAAGUUUAUAAUAUGAUCGAGUUUUCAAAACCACCUUCAAAGUUGUUAUGUCUAAUUUGAAAUAAUUUUAAGCUUGCACAAACUUGCAAAAAUAGUCCAGAGACUUUCCAAGUAUCCUUCACCCAGCUUCUUGCAGUGAAAGCAUCCUACAUAACCAUAUUGCAUUAUCAAAACCAGGAAAAUGACAAAGGUAGAAUGCUAUUAAUUAAAUCCUCAACCUUAUUUGGAUUUCAGUAGUUUUCAUACUUUUUUUUAGUGUUUAAUUCUAAGAAGUUUUAUUAAAUGUUUAGAUUUGUGUUACCACCACAACAAUCAGGAGAUAAAACUAUUUCAUCAACACAGACUCCCAUGUACUACCUUUUUAUACUCACACCCUCUCUCCAUUUGUAACCCUGGCAACCACCUAUCUGUUCUCCAUCAGUAUGGAAUAGUAUACAGUGACAAAAAGGGACAAGCUAUUGAUACAUGCCACAGCUAGGAUAAAUUUCAAAAUAAUUAUGCUGUGCCAAAGAAGCCAGACAGUAUAUACUGUAUGAUUCCAUUCAUACAUUACAAACUAUAGUGAAAGCAGAUCAGUUUAGUGAUUGCCAGGAGCUGGGUGGAGAGGGCAAUGGGGAAUUACUAGUUAAUGAGUAUAGUGUUUCUUUGGAUACGAUGAAAUGUUUUGGAGGUGAUGGCUAGAUGGAGGUGAUGGCUGCAUAAUAUUGUGUAUGUAAUAAGUUCCACUGAAUUACGUACUUUAAAAUGGUUAAUUUACAUUUUGAAAUUUUUAUCUUGUAAAAAUGGCAUGGUGGAGGCAUCUGAUCUAACUUCAUGAGUGGGAGGGAGAAUCAGCAUCAGCCCAAGGCUGAUUCCUGUGAAGCAGAGGUCAGACAUACCUCCUCUCUCCAACCUUUUCACCAGUUCUGACACCAGGUGUUCCUCUCACAGCACUCUGUAUUUCUCUGCUAGG